AUGUGUAACGCAAACUUCCUUGAAGGCAAGACUGGAAAGAUCAGUCUACCCGAUGACGACCCCGAGGCGAUAUAUAUGAUGGUCCAGCAUCUGUAUGGGCAAAGCUAUAAAGACACGAGACUAGGUUUGAAAGACUAUGGGGAGGGUCGUGCCCUAUUAAACCUGAACGUGUAUGCGUCUGCCGAUAAAUACAACAUCCCCUCACUCGAAGAAUGCGCAAAAGAAGAAUUCAAAGACUGGGCUUGGAGAUCGCAGUGCACAGAAUCCUGGGGGCACGUUGUGGAAGAGGCCUGGAAAGGCAACGAAUUCUCCGGUCUUCAUCUUAUUAUCGAGAAGCAAAUAGCGGAAGACAUUGAUCCAAUGUUGAAGGACGACUGGCUGCCAUUCAUCGAUAAGGGCAUGAAGCUUGGGAGACUUUCCGCGGCUUUUCUUCGCCAUAUCGUUGAAAAGAAGAAUGGUAUAUUUUAUGCGCUUCGUGAUACGGAAAAGGGGUACGAGCGUGACAUAAUUGAUCUGAAAAAAAAGAUCAAGGGCUACAGAUAUACCCUCGAGCAGCUUGGAAAAGAGAUGAAAUCCGAUGCCUACGACUCAGAUGAGAGCAUUGAAUUUUGA